AUGGGCCAGUCAGUAUCAAGGAACGAUUUUAUGUGGACCUACACCGAGCAACCACACCUGAAUCGAAGAACAGCGAUAGUGAAAGCACAUCCAGAGAUCAAAGAGCUUUUCGGCAUCGAUGCAUCGUUUAAAUAUGUGGUCAUAACGAUGGUGUUAUUCCAGAUUUUUAUGUGUUGGCUGUUACAAGAUGCGGAUUGGCCGUUGAUACUCUUGGAGGCGUAUUUGUGCGGAGGAGUUAUCAACCACGCUAUGACGUUGGCUAUUCAUGACAUUUCGCACAACACUGCAUUCGGAAACAAGUAUCCGUUGACUAACCGUUUCUUUGGAAUGGUAGCGAAUCUUCCCAUCGGUGUCCCAAUCUCUGUAUCGUUCAAAAAGUACCACGUAGAACACCAUAGAUAUUUAGGUGAAGAUGGUUUGGACACCGAUGUUCCGACGGAGUUAGAAGCUCAGCUAUUUACGACUCCUUGUCGAAAAUUUCUAUGGUUACUCUUUCAACCGCUUUUUUAUGCCUUUCGUCCGUUAGUGAUAUAUAAAAAGGCACCCACUGAUCUGGAGAUUGUGAAUGCUUUCAUUCAGAUUCUUUUCGAUGUUUUUAUACUACACUUCUUUGGAUAUCGGUCUUUCGCGUACUUAAUUAUUGGAACACUAGUUGCAAUGGGAGUUCAUCCGAGCGCGGGUCAUUUUAUUUCUGAACAUUAUGUGUUUAAAGAAGAUCAAGAAACGUAUAGCUAUUACGGGCCGUGGAAUUUAUGCACGUUUAACGUUGGAUAUCAUGUGGAACACCACGACUUCCCAUACAUUCCCGGAAGAAAUCUUCCGAAGGUCACAGAAAUUGCACCGGAAUUCUAUCACAAUUUGCAUAAGCAUUCAUCGUGGACUAAAGUACUCUUCGAUUUUGUAUUCUCUCCAAAUAUGGGACCGUAUAUGCGGCUUAAGAGGAAAGCUUCUGUGCCGCAAACUUUCAAAGCUAGGCAUGCCCUUAACGAGUACUAUCAAGCGCUGCUCCAGCAUAUCGGUAUCAAGAGUUUAAUGCGAUUCGUUAUUCGUUGGUUGGAUAUUAGGAAUAAUAAGAAAAAUAUUGAUUAA